CAAAGGUGAGUGGAUAUGGCAAUAACAAGCCUCAUCCUCAGAAGCAUGUGCAGCUGCACUUGGCUCCAAAGCUCAGCACCACCGCCUCCGCCUCGGCUGAGGAUUUGUUGCUAUUCUUCUACUCAGCACUCUGUUCACAAAACCUUGACACACAUUCACAGAUCUGGUGUCAUAGCUUGCCUUCGUGCCAAUAGCGCAGAGCUGGCACUGAAAGCUGCACGUGCUGCACUUAGUGGCGGCAUCUCAGUUCUGGAGAUUGUGAUGUCUACCCCAGGUGUAUUCGAGGUUCUUCAGCAGCUGGUGCAGGAGCAUCCUACUACAACCUUAGGAGUUGGGACUGUUUUAAAUGUUGAGGAUGCCAAAAAUGCAAUAAAUGCUGGAGCCAAAUUUCUAAUGAGUCCUGCAAUGGUGAAAGACAUUAUGGUUGAUGCCCAAUGUGGUGAAGUUUUGUACAUACCUGGAGUGAUGACCCCAACAGAAAUAUUGUCUGCAUAUGAUUCUGGUGCCAAAAUUGUCAAGGUUUAUCCCGUCUCUGCACUAGGUGGUAGUCGGUAUAUUUCUGCACUCAAGAGGCCUUUUCAUCACAUCUCAAUGGUUGCUUCUCAGGGCAUAACAAUAGAUUCAGUCAGAGAAUAUAUCACCCAAGGAGCAUCAGCAGUUGUAUUAUCAGAUGCCAUAUUUGAUAAGGAGGCAAUUAGUCAAAAUAAUUUCAAUGAAAUAUGUCAACUUGCACACUUUGCAGCUUUGCGAGGCAAUGAAGCAUUAGAAUGGAAGAAAAGGAGCACACUAAACUAAUUGCAUUACAAGUGCCCCAAAAGUUUCCUUUGCAUCACCUACACCAGGGUUAAAGCAUCAGAAAUUUUUUAGGACAAAACUGAUGCAUAUACACGAGAAAUACAUAAUGGAUACCUACUAGACUAUUGAGGAAGAAAAGGAGCACGCUAAACUAAUUGCAUUACAAGUGCCCCAAAAGUUUCCUUUGCAUCACCUACAUCAGGAUUAAAGCAUCAGAAAAAUUUUAGGACAAAACCGAUGCAUAUAUGCGAGAAAUACAUAAUGGAUACAUACUAGACUAUUGAGAUUGAUGACUAUGAAUAAAACCAGGCAGACUGCCCUUGGAUAUCUACUCUGAAGAGCUAAAAAUUGAACUUUGAAUUGAUUUAUUAGCUUGUUGGUAAGGUCAGUUAAGUCGACAUUACAGUGUAGACAUUUGGAAUGCAUUCCCCCAUCCUCUCAAGUGGUGUAUUUGGAGAGAGAGAUGCUUAGAGUUUCGAAAUGUGGAAACUUCAGUUUUGGACUUGAAACUCUCAUUCCAUGGACCUUUGUUUGAGUGGAUGGCAGACAUGAGCAGUAUCUUUGAGUAGCAUGAUCUUUGUAAUUUUCUUUCAAACUGUUGGCGAAUCUCUUGUAUUCUUCUUUUGUACUAGGGUAGUUGGGUUAUGCUACUUUUGUGCUCUCUUAGUGAAUCAUUUACUUGGGUACUUGGCUUUGUUUGCAUUCCAAA